CUGGACUCCGAGUGCUCCAGUCUUUCUGGCAGCGUCUGUGUGGGCGGAAACUGUGUCUGUGCACCGGGUCAACAACCUGUACUGGGUGGGACGAUCUGCGCUGAUCUGGCUCCAUAUUUCACGUCGCCUUGCUUAGAAGAUCAUCAGUGCUUCAGACUUUUCAACAACUACGAGUGUCAACGAACAGACGACAGUGCAGUAGGGAUUUGCGGCUGUAAAGCAGGCCAUCAUUACCUCCGCGGCAGAUGCUGGAGCUCCUCGGACUACGGGGAAGCCUGCGCCAGAGAUGAGGAGUGCUUGGGGGAAAUAAGGGAUCCUUACAGCAUGAUUUGCAAUGGAACGUGUACCUGUGCCGAUGGCUAUUAUUUGCGGCAACGAGGCGAGUGCAGGAAGGUGGGAUUGGCUGUAGGUGAUGGUUGCGUGCUGAACGAGGAUUGCCAGUUUCCCGGAGGUGCUUGUGAUCAGGCAAAUUUUGCUUGCUACAACGUUAACGAUCCAAAUUUAAAUGAAACAACAUUUAAGAAAGUCAGUGACAGCGGAAGCAACGUCAUUGAAAUGUAUGACAACAUGGCGUCGGAAUUAAAACAAAAUGGUGGCACAAUUGCGUGUGGCGCUAACAACUCGUGUCCGGAACCGUUUGAGUGUUCGCCUUUCGGUGUCUGUAUUUGUCCACUUGGAUAUUACAGUGGGGAAAAUACAACAUGCUUAGCUGAGCUUAGUUCACCGGCCACAGAAGAUCAAUGCAAAGGGCUGUUGGCGACGGUGGUGAAUGGAGUCUGCACAUGCCCACCAAAUUUCUUCUUCGACGUCAACAUGAGGGAUUGUGUUAGAGUCACUCGUCGGUUCUCGGAGUCCUGUAUAACUGAUUUGAACUGCCACACCUUCGGAGCAGCUUCACGGUGUGGUCCACCACAAGAACCUUGGGGCAUCAGGACCUGCGAGUGUAUACCAGAGUUGGCUGUAUGGGAUUCUAACAGAGAGAUGUGCCGAUUGUUCGCUGGUCUAGGAGAAACAUGUGAAGUGGACAGUGACUGUCUGGCCGGAGAGUUGGAGAUCCAAUGCGUCAAGGACCAAGCUGGACAAGGCUACUGCACUUGCCCUGAGGGGCUGGAGGCUGUGGACGGACUCUGUCUGACAACAGGAUUGGAGCUUGGCGAGUCGUGCCAAGUGAGCGCGGAAUGUACCGGCACUCAGCACACUGUCUGCGAAGGAGGAAGGUGCUCCUGUGGAGAUGGCUAUCAGGAGAUUGGGAACAUUUGUGCCCCCGUUAUCGGUGGUACCUGCUUCCAAGACGCGGACUGCGCAAUCCCUGACACAAUUUGCCAGGAUAAUAACGGCUCACUUACCUGCCAGUGUAAGGACUCCUUCGUGGAAUAUGACGACGAAUGCUGGCCAGAAUCCGAAGGCUACGGUGCCUCGUGCAACGUAACAGCACAGUGCACACAAGUUCUGGGCACGUACAGUAACUGCACAGCUGGGAGCUGUGAGUGCAGUCCAUCUUAUCAUUACAAAGAUGGUAGUUGCUGGCCGAUUACUGGCCUUUUUGAAGUUUGUAGCCGUAGUAGCGAGUGCUUCCUGUCAAAUAUGACUGAUAGAGUGGUGUGCAGGAACGGUCUUUGUCAGUGCGAUUUCAAAUUCCCGUAUUCUGAAGAGUUACAGACAUGUACUUCUUCAGCUUCGAGAACAGCAAUCAGUUUCUUAACAAUCGCUACUUAUUUAAUGUAUUACAUUACCAGUUAA